GUUCGGUGACCUUCCCGAGUAGCUGGCUGUGCGGGUCGGGGCUGCCCGAGCUGUUGGUCCUGCGGCGAGAUGUUUCAGAGCCUCGUGAGAAAUGUGUGGGUCCCCAUGAAGCCCUACUACACCCAGGUUUACCAGGAGAUCUGGGUGGGCAUGGGGCUGAUGAGCCUCAUCAUCUACAAGAUCCGCAGUGCGGAUAAAAGAGCUAAAGCUCUGAAAGGUUCAAGUCCUGCACCUGCUCAUGGUCAUCACUAGCAGCAGGGCCGAGGGCGCAGCGGGGAGCGUUGGCUGUUAGAUGGGGACGAAGGACAGUAUCUAGAAGUGCCAUGCCCUUGCUGGCAUGAAUAAACGUACCUUAGACACCAAAAAAA